UGAUGUAGAUACCCGUGGCCUCAAUGAAAACAAUAACAAAGAAGAAAAUUUGCUGUGCGGGAAAAGCAAUCUUGACUGUUUCUACUUGAAAUCGUACUGUUUAUCUCAGUGAGCCAUAGAAGUACAUGCAGCAAGGAGUAGAUUUUACUCCACUUCCAUUGGACGUGGAGAGUUCGUGCGAGGAAAGUUUUGGCGUGUUUUCUCCAUUCGAGGAAGAUGAAUUCGAAAGCUUAAGGACAAGCUUUUGGGGAGAGUCGAAUGGAGGUGGAGGACGAAGCGGCUGGGACAACGUUCAUGCAUUACCUUCUUCUCCGUUUAGCGGGCUCGGAGGAGAUUUUGAGAUGGAACUGGAAUUUUUUCGAAGUGAUGUAAACGAGGAAUGUAAAGUUGCUGGGCCUACUUUGGCCGAACUAAACGAUCACCGUUCCCUAUCUCCUCUGAUAAAUCCUGAAAUGGAGCGCCUCCAUCGCUUAGCCACUCGCACUGAGGGCGAUUCUUCUCCAACCUGGGAUUGCAAAACUCGAAAGCCACAGGGCUACAUCGCUUUAGAGCUCACGUCGGAUAAGGAUGAAAGAAGGGUAUCUCAAGCUAAACAGGAACCUGUUCUUUUAUUUUGUGAAUAUAACGACAGAUUUGAGAAAUCUACUUUAGUUCCUAAAGAUGCGGAGAAGAAACGUCCGAGCAAACCAACAUGGACUACGACCCAAGAUACAGCUUCUCUACACUGCAAUAAUGAAGCCGAGAAAUCAGUGUCUGCAAACAAUCAGAAUUCAUCACAGACAGUCGUAUUGCCAGAGAAAAAGUUGGGCACUGAAGGAAAUAAUCAAAUGUCUAAGUUAGUUUCAGCGGAAAUGAAAGCUCAAUUAUAUACAGGGGGAACGAAUAUGCGCGAGGAUGUGAAAAUUGAAGCCGAUCGGGACUCGAUCGAAGCCGAUCCGGGCAGUCCUGCUUUAGAAUACGAUUCCGCUGAUGAAGACAUGGAUAGUGACGAAGAUUUUGAUGUGGAGAGCCAUUCCCAUGGUACAGGUUUAGCUAGAAAUCGGAAAGGUCGUAGGGGAGACCAAGAUGACCUUUCUCCGAAUCCAAAAAAGUUGCUAGAAAUCAGUCGAGAGCUGGAUCGCUUAAACAAAGUUAUAGGUGACUUGAAGCCGAUACAUCAGUUGCCACAGAACGCUCGGAACAAGUCAAGAAAGGAGAAAAACAAGUUAGCAUCAAGGGCUUGCAGAUUGAAGAAGAAAGCUCAGCAUGAAGCAAAUAAAGUCAAGCUUCAGGGUCUGGAAAUGGAACAACAGCGCCUGACAGACAUCAUUCAUAAGGUGAAGAAAGAAAUCAUAGUCAAAGGCAGUCCUCAGCCUUUGGAUCCAAAGCCAAACUUAAGUAUACAGAUUGAAAGUCUUAUCAAGGGUACAUUUGGGAGCCAAGUGGUUGCUGGUCAUACUUCAGAUUUUGUGUAUUCUGUUCUGAAGGCCACAGCAAGGGACAACCCAGCACUUGGAAAACUGGAGGACCUUUCCCUGUGUUUCUGAAGAACUGAUCUGGGGGAUCAGGGAUCCAUGAUCCAAGGGUGAAUGGUGAACUGUCUGUUGUUGAUAAGUAGUAACAGAUGUGUUUUUUAAAACUUGAAAGAUAUUUACAUUGGUGAAUUACUACAGCUCAAAACAAAUAUCAGGACUCAUUAUUAUUAUUAUUGUUAUUGAUUAGCAGCCUUGGAUAACACUUACCUUUCCAAGUGGUUUGUGCAUCAGUGUAAGAAUGUUAAUGAUGCUUUCAUUUUCUUUAGAUGAUAUAAAACCCAGAAAAUGCCCUCAGUUGAAGUCUUGAAAACUUAAUGGCGAAAAACAAGCUUUAAAAAGAAAGCAUUCUCCUGAUUCUUUACUUUUUAAAAUAUUAUACAAAGUGAUAAAAGUUUCUGUUGUAUAAUUGAAGUAUUUUACUUUAGAUUUAUUCUAGACAUCUGAACCCCUGAGUUAUUUAUGAAUUAGCCUUUGUGGUGAACUAGAGGUACAUAUACAUGUAUUGAAUCAAACUAAACAAUGUGUGGGCAUGGGAAACUUUGCAUUUGUGGGACUCAGGUUUCAGUUUUCUGGUUUGUUUGCAUCGAUUCAUUGGCACAAAGGAUGAGAUCAUUGUUUUGAUUGUUGGAAAAUGAUUGUUAAGUGCCCUAUUGAAUAUUUGUACAUGUAAUGUGCUGAUUUUUGCAUGGUUGGGUUUGAGAUUGAAAUGGUUCAAAUUUUACAUGUACAGAAUCUGGAGGACUGUGCAACUGUCCAAAAGACCAUUUUUCAGAACAAUCAUGAUAAGCAGUAAUUGGUAACUUCUAGUAAAGCUGGAAUGCAUCCUUAUUUAGCCUAACUUGAAAUGAUUUAACAAUGUAUGUUCCAUCCCUGGGUGUGAUGGUAUUACUAGGUAAAUGUGUAACUUACAGAUGUUUAGAUGUGUUGGAAUUGUUUUUCAAGGCCACUUGCUAAUUACAUAUUGAUCACAAGUGGUAUUGUGAAAGGUAGUUCAUGUACAAUUAGUUGUGCGCAGAUCACUCAAAAUGGUCGUAGGUUAAUCUAAAUGAACAGUUAUUAAGAAGUAGUUCAAAUUGAUAACAGCAAUUUCCAUAAUGUGAGGUAUAAGAAUUGAAGAAAAUUGUUUUAGUCAGUGUUACACGUAAGUUAAUAAAUGGGUAAUAAUUAGAACUGCUCCUCUUGACUCUUAAUUGCAUUUUUGGGUCAUGCAACAGUUCAUCAACUUAAUUGUUAAAGGAGAGUUGGCAUUGUAUAAUGCCAAUUUCUCUCAACUUAUAUGCAACAACAUGUCUGGCAACCAGAAAUGAGAAUUACCAGUGAAUUCUUGGGAGUGGAAAGGUUCAGGACUCAAGAAGUGUGUUGCAUUAGCUCAUCCCAAUGCAGGUUUUAUCAGCAUGGCCUCUGUGUAUGAACUACAAAAAUUUCGGUGCAUGAUUUAUUGAUAUUUUAUUCAUACACUUGCUAAAAUAAUAACUGAGUACCAUUUUAUUGCAUGAAUACAAGUGCUUUGCAGCUUUAGCAUGAUAUUUUAUAUAUGGUAUUUGGUAUUUAACGUUCUUUUUAAGUAGAUUCACUGCUUCUUAUAGGAGCUGUUAAGACCAGAAAGUCUUGUGAUAUAAGGGAUAGUAGUUGAUUAGGGAUAUUAUUUAUAACAUUGGGUGACAAAGAGGGGUGAUCCUAUCUGAGUGAAUUUGGGUGCACACCUUUUGUGGUUAGAAGUUUCAAAAUGUAAUUUAGAAGGCCAUUGAUGGUUUCUUCCUUGUCUGUCCCACAGUAAACUCCAGUUUACUGUGGGACAGACAUUGAAGGACAUCUUUUCUUCCAUUGUAAAUAAAAUUGGAGUAGAGGAAAGGAUCCAAACUUUGUGUUUCUUAAAAAGUUUGUUAAGGAUUGUGGAAUUCUAUAUGCUAAAUGGUUGCCCUGUUUGUGUUUACAUCUAGGGGUUUUUUCCACGGUAGUUAUAAUGUCUGUGGGCAGAUUAGUGUCAUAAUUUUAAUUCUAAGAGUGCAGUGGUGUGUUCUAUUCUAAAAUAAUACCAUUCCAAAUUAACACCAUGCCUUUGGUAUCACUGGAAAACAUUUAGUUCUCGAGUAUUUGUGUUUUUUGUUGAGGGCCACGGGACACUAAUAUUUCCUUUUGUAUUCGGCAUGCACUGUUCUUUUAAAACAUCCUGAAUUUCAUAAUCAAUUGAAAAUGUAAACUCCUUGGAAAGUCCAAAGUAUUCUAUUUGUAACAUAAGAGGAGCAGUUAUCUUUAUCAUAUUGUAACAUAGAUUUAUGUAUAUAGGCUAUUUUGUUAUCUGUAUAGUGUAAAUAAACUGAGGGUUAUCGGAACAGCAUUUUAUAACUUGUAACAUAGAUUUACUGGAAUCCUCAUGAGGGAUUCAGCAGAUUGUAUUUUCAUAUUAUUACGUUUCUUGGGAAUUAAUUUAUCUGCAGGAGGGUGAACUUGAUAAGUUAUACAUCUAAUUAUUUGAUUUCUCAAAGCAAUAAAGUAAACUGGACGAGGUUG